UCUUUCGGUAAUGUGGGCGGAGUUUAAGUCACUGUGCUGUCCAAAACAAGAAGCGUGUAUUGACCCAAGGACGGAUUACUUACUGCCACCGGGUGUAGAGAGAGAGUCGAUCAGCUGAGAUGAUAUCAUAGCGUUAAAGACAUUAAAGAGGUUUAUUGACUGAAUAGACCUGUUUAAGUGUUUCUGGGUGUAACAACUCACUGCCCUGCAGUUGCACCACAAGAUGGACAUGGACCCUUCUGAAGAGUCCAUAAGAAUGACCUCUGAUCCCAAGAGCAAAGCAGCUGUGCAGGGUCCUAACCCAAACAUACAUUUAGAGAAAACCCCGUCUGCGCAUUCAGGCAAUGGUGGGGCGCUGGUGUUGUGUUCUGUAUCCGUGGCCUGCCUGAGCGGGUUGAUGAUGGGAUACGAGAUGAGUCUGAUAUCGGGAACUUUGCUUCAACUCAGGGAAGUUUUGAGUCUCUCCUGCCCCCAGCAGGAGCAGAUCGUCGGUUCUCUGCUGCUUGGUGCCUUCCUCCUGUCUUUGGGUGGCGGCAUCAUACUGGACCGCUACGGACGUCGCUUCUCAAUCAUCUUCACGGCGCUGCUGUGUGUGUUUGGCACCUUUUUGAGUGUGUGUGUGGUAUCUUUCUGGGCAUUAGUGACUGGGCGAAUGUUGGUAGGCAUGGCAGUGGCGCUGUCAGGCACCGCGUCAUGCCUGUACGCGGCAGAAGUAGCGCCUGCUGCCUGGCGUGGAAGGUGCGUGUGUGUGUAUGAGCUGAUGGUUGUUUUAGGGAUGCUGUUGGGUUUUGGAAUGAGCUGGGCGUUUGCGGCGGUUCCAGACGGAUGGAGAUUUACCUUCAGUGGCGUUCUUCUUCCUGCUCUGCUCCAAGCCGCCAUCAUGCCUCUGUUGCCGAGGAGUCCGCGAUUUCUGCUCGCUCAACGGCGUGAAAAAGACGCUCACGCAACUCUUCUCCGCCUUCGGGCAGGCAUCAAAGGAAUGGACGCGGUGGAUGAGGAGCUUCGUGCCAUUCGAGUGGCCCUGGGGGAAGAACGGUUGCAUGGCUUUCUGGACCUCUUCCGUUCCCGUGACAACAUGUUGCACAGACUCCUUAUCGGUGCUGCUCUGGUGUUCUUGCAGCAGGGUACCGGACAGCCCAACAUUUUGGCGUACGCGUCGACUGUUCUCAGCAGUGUGGGUUUCCAUGGUAACGAGGCAGCGACUCUCGCUUCCACAGGGUUUGGUGUUGUUAAGGUGGGAGGGACCAUUCCUGCAGUGUUUCUGGUGGAUAAAGUGGGACCCAAAGCCCUCUUGUGCGUCGGAGCCGUUAUCAUGACGUUGUCGACGGCAACGCUAGGGGCCGUAACCAUGCAGAGCCAAACUCAGGUUUCCAGCUUAUGCAAAGGCCCUGCUAAUAAUGCAAAUCUGACUGUUUUAAGAAUGGGAGACGAGACUGAUAUACAGCAUGGCUCAUACUAUCAAACCAAUCAUAAAACCAAUUCUGCAUUCAUUAGAGUUAAUGACACUAAAAACAAUUGGAUUUUAAACUACACUUAUGAUCAUAGGACAGCAUUUCUUAAGACUGCAGAAGCAGGUGGGACUUUGGAGGAGGACAGAUUGAAAAAUGCUCUUCAGUCUGUUUCUGUAAAUGAGGUAUCGCCUUCUCUCAAAUGGAUCUCUCUGGUCAGCCUGCUGGUUUAUGUAGCUGGAUUCUCCAUCAGCUUGGGACCAAUGGUGCAUGUGGUUUUAAGUGCGAUCUUCCCGACUGGCAUCCGUGGAAAGGCUGUGUCCGUCAUCUCUGCCUUCAACUGGGCCACCAAUUUGCUCAUAUCAAUGACCUUUCUGACCCUGACAGAGCGGAUCGGCCUGCCCAGCGUGAUCUUCUCCUAUUCUGCCAUGAGUUUCGUGUUGGUGGUGUUUGUGAUUGCAUUUGUGCCAGAGACGAAAGGACGAUCGCUUGAACAGAUUUCCAAAGAGCUUGCCAUAAAGAAUCCCAUGAGCAGCACACUGCUGUGUCACAGAGGACAACCGGAGCCUAGAAAGGAUGAAAAAGCCCUUGCAAACAUUUGACAUUUCACCUAGUUGAAGAAUAGAGCAGCAAGAGGAAAUUUACAAGCAAGAGACUGUAUGUGAUACAGUCUGACAACCUAAUGGACAGCUAAACUAGAUGUCGUGACUCUACUGAUCAAGGUAUCUGAGAGAUGAGAUUGAUUCGAUUGCCUUAGUAAUUUAGCUUAACAAUAAUCCUUUCCAUGGCAUGAUGUGUCAAUCAAGAGUUGAAUAAGUCAAUUUGAUUGAUUUGUAACAUUUUAAAACUUUAAGAUACUGACAACAGCUCACUUUCUGUUGUAAAACCUUUGAAAAUUAUGCAACCAUAAUCAUGCCAUGGCAAGUCAAAGCCAAGAUCCGCCAAAUCAGUAUUUGUGUUCCAAGCACUGCCAUAGUCACACUUUAAGAGUUGUGUCUCUCUGGCACAGCAUGCCUUAUGUAACCAGGUUAUACAAUUGUACAACACAUUGUGUUAUCUUACAAUACAAAAAGUUUGUUCAGAAAUACACCAUCUUUUUUAAAUGGGACAUAUCAUGAAAACCUGA